AUGUCUUCUUGGAAGAGUUACGUUUCUACCAGUUGGGUGCUGAAGCAGAAGGAAGACUCCGUGAGGCCGAUCCUCCCCAUGCUCACCACCCUCAUCCUCAUCUUCAUCCUCAUCCUCAUGAUCCUCAGGGCCACCAUCCUCAUCCUCCCCAUGCUCACCACCCUCAUCCUCAUCUUCAUCCUCAUCCUCAUGAUCCUCAGGGCCACCAUCCUCAUCCUCCCCAUGCUCACCACCCUCAUCCUCAUCUUCAUCCUCAUCCUCAUGAUCCUCAGGGCCACCAUCCUCAUCCUCCCCAUGCUCACCACCCUCAUCCUCAUCUUCAUCCUCAUCCUCAUGAUCCUCAGGGCCACCAUCCUCAUCCUCCCCAUGCUCACCACCCUCAUCCUCAUCUUCAUCCUCAUCCUCAUGAUCCUCAGGGCCACCAUCCUCAUCCUCCCCAUGCUCACCACCCUCAUCCUCAUCUUCAUCCUCAUCCUCAUGAUCCUCAGGGCCACCAUCCUCAUCCUCCCCAUGCUCACCACCCUCAUCCGGCCACCAUCCUCAUCCUCCCCAUGCUCACCACCCUCAUCCUCAUCUUCAUCCUCAUCCUCAUGGGCCACCAUCCUCGUCCUCACCACCCUCACCAUCCUCAUCUUCAGCCUCAUCCUUAUGAUUCUCAGGGCCACCAUCCUCAUCCUCACCAUCCUCUUCCUCGUCCUUAUGAUCCUCAGGGCCACCAUCCUCAUCCUCGCCAUCCUCUUCCUCAACCUCAUCAUCAUCCUCCUCACCAUCCUCGGUAUCUUCAGCCCCAUUCUUCUCAUCCUCACCAUCUUCAUCCUCACCCUUAUGAUCCUCAUCCUCACCAUCCUCAGUCUCACCAUCCUCACUAUCCUCCCUCACCAUCCUCAUCCUCACCACCCUCACCCUCCCCUCACCAUCCUUAAUAUCCUCAUCCUCAUCCUUACGAUCCUCAGCUUCGUCAUCUUCAUCAUCACCGUCUUUGGUAUUCUCAGCCCUGCCAUCUUCAUCUUCACCAUCCUCAACGUUGUCAUUCUCAUUCUUACUCUUACCAUCAUCAUCAUCCUCAUCCUCACCAUCCUCACUCUCAUCCUCCUCAUCUUCACCAUCUUCCUCAUCAUCACUCUCACCAUCCUCAUCCUCAUCCUUUCCAUUCUCAACCUCAUCAUCUUCAUCCCUACCAUCCUCAUCAUCUUCAUUCUCACCAUCCUCAUCCUCAUCCUCAUCCCUCUCAUCUUCCUCAUCCUCAACAUCAUCAUCCUCACCAUUCCCAUCUUCAUCAUCCUCGCCACUCUCAUGCUCACCAUUCUCGUCUUCAUCCUCACCAUCCUCGCCAGUCUCAUCCUCAUUGUUCUCACCAUCCUCCUCUUCAUCAUCCUCACCGUCCCCAUCCUCAUCCUCACCAUUGCCUCCUCAUCAUCCUCACCAUCAUCAUCCUCACCAUCCUCACCAUCCUCGUCAUCUUCAUCAUUCUCACCAUCUUCAGCCUCAUUCUCAUCACCCUCAACUUCAUCAUUUUCACCACCCUCUUCCUCCUCAUCCUCACCAUCCUCACCAUCUUCAUCAUCCUCAUCCUCACCCUCCUUCUCUUUCCUAUCAUCAUCAUCGUCAUCUUCAUCAUUCUCAUCAUCAUCCUCAUCUUUUUCUUCCUCAUCCUUUUUGUCAACCUCCUCCUCCUCCUCG